AUGGUUCUCUCAUCGAACUGGAGCAAGCUCAGCAAAACUCAGGAGAAGAGGGUCAAGAAGGCAGAGCAUGGCAAGAGCGAUGGCAAGAGCGAUGGCAAGACGGCCGGCGUAGGUAGCCGGGCAUCGGGGACGCCUCCAGAAACCGCGCAGCGCCGCAAAAGCAAGGCCAAGACGUCUAAGAUAAUGGAGAUGGUGGCCAAGAUGAACAGGGAAAUGGCGAACUCACGCCAGAACAGCGCAGAGAAAAAUGAGGUGCAGAAGGGAGCGCUCGAGGAAAAGAUAUCCGUGGACAUGGCACAGAGCGGCAAGGCGGGCAAGGUCGGCAGCGUGGGGAAAUUUGUGGCGAUGGACUGCGAGUUCGUGGGGGUGGGGCCGGACGGCAAGGAGUCGGUGCUUGCGCGGGUGUCGGUGGUGAACUACUACGGGCAGGAGGUGCUGGAUCUGUACGUGAGGCCGAAGGAAAAGGUGACGGACUGGCGAACGUGGGUGAGCGGGAUCACACCGGCGCACAUGAAGCAGGCGGUGACGCUGGAGGAGGCACAGCGGAGGGUAGCGGCGAUGCUCAAGAACCGCGUGCUGAUCGGGCACGGGCUGCACCACGACCUGGAGAUGCUGAUGGUGUCGCACCCGAAGGCGCAGAUACGGGACACCUCGAUGCAUGGGCCGUUCCGCGAGAAGUACGGAGCGGGCAAGACACCGAGCCUCAAGAAGCUGGCGCGGGAGGUGCUGAACAUAGACAUCCAGGGCAAGGAGCACUCGUCGGUGGAGGACGCCAGGGCCGCGCUGCUCCUGUACAAGUCGGAUAAGGUUGAGUUCGAGCGGUUGCACCAGCAGCGAUUUAGCCGCAGGAAGGCGUGA